UUUCCCUGCAUUAUUAAUCUAGAAUCUCCAACUCCCCUCAUUAAUUAAUUUGCCUCCUUGUCAUCCAGCACGAUGGGAGCCUGUGCUAGCGGGCCCAAGACGCUGGAUGACGCCACCUCCGCCCCUACAGAGAAGCCUGAGGUCACCAAUCCUGGUGAAUGCGGGGACAUUAAUGCCCCAGUUCAGGCGGCGGAGGCUGAAAAGGGCACAGAGCCCGAGACCAAGGAAGAGCCCUUGGUAGACCUCUCAGAGCCAGAACCAGAAGCUAGCAAAAGCGGCGGGGUGGACUUGGCCCCUGAGAUCAGUGAGUUGACGGUCGACGCACCAAAGCUAAUUGUGACUGCACCUGUUGCAGAACAAGUCAACGCCACCGUAGUGAAGGAAACCAAAACUGAGGAAGAGGUGGUGGUCGAGGAGAAGACCGUAGAGGCGAAGGAAUCUAAAGUUGUAGAAGACGAGAAGGAGUCGGAGUCGAAGAUCUCUGCUUAAAGGGGAAAAUGGCUAUUUGUUUUUGAGUUGUGUAUUUAUAUAUUUGUUAAUGGAGAGGAAACGAAAUAUGUGAUUCUGUGACGUACAUUUCUCCUCUCUGUUGUGGUAUGCAUUGCCAAAUGUGUGUGCAUGGGGACACAUUCAUUAAAUAUUUUAGUUAAA